AUGGGCGUCGGCCGGAGGAAGCUGGCCCCACUCUGGGCCCUGGCCCUGGCCCUGGCCUGCGCCCAGCACACAGGCCAUGCCCAGGGUGGCUCCUCAGAAUCCAGCUACGGCUCCUACCUCGACCUCCCUGCCGUCCCACCGGGGCCCAGCGGUGACUCCCUCCGAGGGGUGACCGUGGUCCCACCCCUGAGGACCAUCCCCGUGGUGCGAGCCCUGGACCCCGUGCACAACGGCCGGGUGUGCAGCACCUGGGGCGACUUCCACUACAAGACCUUCGACGGCGCCGUCUUCCGCUUCCCGGGCCUCUGCAACUACGUGUUCUCGGCGCACUGCGGCGGCGCCUACGAGGACUUCAACGUGCAGCUGCGCCGCGGCCGGCAGGACAGCGUCGCGGCCCCCAGCAGGGUCAUCAUGAAACUGGAGGGCCUGGUGGUCGAGCUCACCAAUCACUCCGUCCUGGUCAGCGGCCGCCCGGUGCAGCUGCCCUUCAGCCAGUUUGGGAUUCUCAUAGAACGCAGCAGCGGCUCCCUGAAGGUGGUGGCCAAGCUGGGCCUGGUCUUCAUGUGGAACCAGGACGACAGCCUGCUGCUGGAGCUGGACUCCAAGUUCGCCAACCAGACCUGUGGGCUCUGUGGAGACUUCAACGGCAUCCCCGUGUCCAGCGAGUUUCUGUCCCACAACACCAGGCUGACCCCCGUGGAGUUCGGGAACCUGCAGAAGUUGGAUGGCCCCAUGGAGCAGUGUCAGGACCCGGCCCCCGAAACCAAGAGGAACUGCUCCACAGCCCCGGGCGUGUGCGAGGAGGUGCUGGGCGGCGAGCUGUUCGCGAGCUGCGUGGAGCUGGUGGACGUGCACAGCUACGUCGAGGCCUGCCGGCAAGACCUCUGCCUCUGUGACAGCGCCCACCCCGCCAGCUGCAUCUGCCAGACCCUAGCCGAGUACGCGCGCCAGUGCGCCCACGCCGGCGGGCUGCCCCUGGACUGGCGGGGCCCCGACCUCUGCCCCCUGACGUGUCCCCACGACAUGGAGUACCACGAGUGCCGCUCACCCUGCGCCGACACCUGCUCCAACCCCGAGCGCUCCCAGCUCUGCGAGGACCACUGCGUGGCCGGCUGCUUCUGCCCUGAGGGGAUGGUGCUGGACGACAUUGGCCAGGCCGGCUGUGUCCCCGUGACCCAGUGCGCCUGCACCUACAACGGGACCACCUAUGCGUCAGGAGCCAAAUACUCCACGGACUGCACCGAGUGCACCUGCUCUGGAGGCCGCUGGAGCUGCCAGGACAUCCCAUGUCCGGGCACCUGCUCAGUGCUGGGAGGCGCCCACUUCUCCACGUUCGACGAGAGGCAGUACACGGUGCACGGGGACUGCAGCUACGUGCUGGCCAAGUCCUGUAACAGCAGCACCUUCACCGUGCUGGCGGAGCUGCGCAGGUGCGGGCUGACAGACAGCGAGACCUGCCUGAAGAGCGUGACGCUGAACCUGGACGGGGGGCAGACGGUCGUGGUGGUCAAGGCCAGCGGGGAGGUGUUUGUGAACCAUAUCUACACCCAGCUGCCCGUCUCCGCAGCCAACGUCACCAUCUUCAGGCCCUCCACCUUCUUCAUCAUCGCCCACACCCACCUGGGCCUGCAGCUAGACGUCCAGCUGGUGCCCACCAUGCAGGUGGCCGUGAGGCUGGAGCCCAAGUUCCGGGGCUGGACCUGCGGUCUCUGCGGGAAUUUCAACAGCGUGCAGGCGGACGACUUCCGGGCCAUCAGCGGCGUGGUGGAGGGCACAGCCGCCGCCUUCUUCAACACCUUCAAGACCCAUGCCUCCUGCCCCAACGUCAAGAACAACUUCGAGGACCCCUGCUCCCUCAGCGUGGAGAACGAGAAGUUUGCCCAGCACUGGUGCUCGCGGCUGAUGGACGCCCAAGGCCCCUUUGCCCAGUGCCACUCCGCCGUGAGCCCCGACACCUACCACUCGAACUGCCUGUUCGACACCUGCAACUGUGAGAAGAGCGAGGACUGCCUGUGCGCAGCCCUGGCCUCCUACGUGCGCGCCUGUGCCGCCAAGGGCGUGCUGCUCCGCGGCUGGCGGGACGGCGUCUGCACCAAGCAUACGAGCAGCUGCCCCAAGUCCAUGACCUACCACUACCACAUCAGCACCUGCCAGCCCACCUGCCGCUCCCGCAGCGAGCCCGACCUCACCUGCGGCGUCAGCUUCGUGCCCGUGGACGGCUGCGCCUGCCCAGAGGGCACCUUCCUGGACGACGUGGGCAAGUGUGUGGAGGCCACCAGCUGUCCCUGCUACCAUGGCGGCUCUGUGGUUCCCAACGGCGAGUCUGUGCACGACAGCGGGGCCGUCUGCACCUGCACACAGGGGACGCUGACCUGCAUUGGAGGCCCAGCUCCGGCCCCAGUGUGUGACGCGCCCAUGGUCUUCUUCGACUGCCGCAACGCCACGGCCGGGGCCACGGGGGCUGGCUGUCAGAAGAGCUGUCACACCCUGGACAUGGAGUGUUACAGCUCCCAGUGCGUGCCCGGCUGCGUGUGCCCUGACGGGCUGGUGGCCGACGGCCUCGGCGGCUGCAUCACUGAGGAAGAGUGUCCCUGUGUGCACAACGAGGCCAGCUACGGCCCCGGAGAGACCAUCUGGACGGGGUGCAACACCUGCACCUGUGAGAACAGGAAGUGGCGCUGCUCGGACGAGCCCUGCCUGGCCACCUGCGCCGUCUACGGGGACGGCCACUACCUCACCUUCGACGGGCGGCGCUACAGCUUCAGCGGCGACUGCGAGUACACGCUGUUGCAGGACCAGUGCGGUGGGAACGUCAGCGCCCAGGACGCCUUCCGAGUCGUCACCGAGAACGUCCCCUGUGGCACCACAGGGACCACCUGCUCCAAGGCCAUCAAGAUCUUCCUGGGGAGCUACGAGCUGAAGCUGAGCGAUGGGAAGGUGGAGGUGGUGGAGAAAGGCAAGGGCCAGGAGCCGCCCUACUCCAUCCGCCAGAUGGGCAUCUUCCUGGUGCUCGACACUGACGCCGGCCUGGUGCUGCUGUGGGACAGGAGGACCAGCCUCUUCCUCAGGCUCAGCCCCGAGUUCAAGGGCAGGGUCUGUGGCCUGUGCGGGAACUUCGACGACAACGCCAUGAACGACUUCACCACGCGGAGCCAGUCAGUGGUGGGCGACGCGCUGGAGUUCGGGAACAGCUGGAAGUUCUCGCCGUCCUGCCCGGACGCGCGGGCGCCCAGGGACUCCUGCACCGCCAACCCCUACCGCAAGUCCUGGGCCCAGAAGCAGUGCAGCAUCAUCCACAGCGCCACCUUCGCUGAAUGCCACGCCCACGUGGAGCCUGCUGCGUACUACGAGGCCUGCGUGCAGGACGCCUGCGCCUGUGACUCGGGCGGUGACUGCGAGUGCUUCUGCACGGCCGUGGCCGCCUACGCCCAGGCCUGCCACGAGGUGGGCGUGUGCGUGUCCUGGAGGAGCCCGGACGUGUGCCCGCUGUUCUGUGACUUCUACAACCCCGAGGGCCAGUGCGAGUGGCACUACCAGCCCUGUGGGGCUCCCUGCAUGAGGACAUGCCGGAACCCCAGUGGAGAGUGCCUGCACAGCGUGCCCGGCCUGGAAGGCUGCUACCCCAAGUGCCCCUCGACGGCCCCCAUCUUUGAUGAGGACGAGAUGAAGUGUGUGGCCACAUGCCCACUGCCGCCCCCCGCCCCACGCUGCCACAUCCACGGGAAGUCGUACCGGCCGGGUGCCACGGUGCCCUCGGACGAGAACUGUCACUCCUGCGUCUGCACCGAGAGCGGCGUGCGCUGUGCCUACGACGCUGAGGCCUGCGUCUGCACCUACCAUGGGCGGCACUACAAGCCGGGGACUGUCAUCUACCACACGACCGACGGCACAGGCGGCUGCAUCUCCGCCCGCUGUGGGGCCAACGGCACCAUCGACAGGACGGUCUCCACCUGCAGUCCCACCACCGCCGUGCCCCCUACCACCUUCUCCUUCUCCACCGCCCCGUCCGUGGUGAGCUCCACGCGUCCCCCCAGCACCAGCCCCAGCCCUGCUCAGAGCACGGUGCCCACAGGACGCGCCAGCAGCACCGUCUCCACAGCCACAAGCAGGUCCCCCAGGACGGUGCCUUCGACGGCCUCCAGCCCGGCCCCCACAGACUGCGGGGAGCAGUGCCAAUGGUCACCCUGGCUGGACAUCAGCCGUCCCGGACGGGGCAAAGACAGCGGGGACUACGACACGCUGGACAACCUCCGUGCCCACGGGUACCGGGUUUGCCAACAGCCGAGGGAAGUGGAGUGUCGCGCGGAGGAUGCGCCCGAGGUGGCGCUGUCCCUGUUGGGGCAGCGCGUGCAGUGCACGCCGGCCGUGGGGCUCACGUGCCACAACAGGGAGCAGGCGUCCGGGCAAUGCCACAACUACCAGAUCAGGAUCCUCUGCUGCUCCCCACUGGCCUGCCACACCUCCAGCCUCACCACGCGCCCCACCACCUCCAGCACGACCCACACAGGGCUCUCUCCUACCCCUGUCACCGCAACCGGCCGAGCCACGGCCUCCAAGGCUACCACGACUCCUGCCCCAGGAACCCCCUCACCAAGCCAAACAACUGCCGUGACGCCCAGCCUAAUGCCAGGGCCAACGACAGCCGGGACAACAGCCUCCAGGUCCAGCCCGACCCUGGAGACCUCCGCAGCCCCCUCGGAGCCAGCUCCCCACGAGCCCAGCCGAGUGUCCUGCACACAGGAGAUCUGCACGUGGACCCCGUGGAUUGACGGCAGCUACCCUGGGCCAGACAGGGACAGUGGAGACUUCGACACUUUCCAGAAUCUGAGAGCCAAGGGCUAUAAAUUCUGCAAGACGCCCUCGAACGUGCAGUGCAGGGCCCAGUUCUUCCCCAACACGCCGCUGGCCGAGCUGGGGCAGGAUGUGACGUGUAAUCGCGAGGAGGGGCUGAUCUGUCUCAACAAGAACCAGCUGCCCCCGAUCUGCUACAACUACGAGAUCCGCAUCCAGUGCUGCCAGAUGGUGGACAGCUGUCGCGGCGGCACCACAGUGCCACCAACGUCAGAAACCACACAGCCCACUCGCCCAGAAAUGAGCACCAGUGCUCAGACCGCACUGACCCGAGCCAUGCCAUCACCCACAACCAGGCACACAGCACCAACGACAAACACGCAAGCCAUAGGCAGCCAGACAACGACCAGGCCACACAUGGGCACAGCCCCCGCAACAACAGACUGCCAGCCACGGUGCAGCUGGACCAAGUGGUUCGACGUGGACUUCCCAGCCCCGGGGGUCCACGGAGGGGACAAGGAGACCUACGACAACAUCCUCAGGCAUGGGGAGAGGAUCUGCCGCCGGCCCGAGGAGAUCAUGCGGCUGCAGUGCCGAGCUGAGAACCACCCCGACGUGAGCAUCGAGCGGCUGGGCCAGGUGGUGCAGUGCGACCCCGACGUGGGCCUGGUCUGCCAUAACCGCGACCAGGAGGGAGCUGGCGGGAUGUGCCUCAACUACGAGGUGCGCGUGCUGUGCUGCGAGACCCCCAGAGGCUGCCCUACUCCCUCCGCGCUCACAGUUCCCAGCACCCCAUGGGAGACUGUCACCAGCCCUACGCACACCACCUCCUCCAUGGGGACAGGAAGCAGCACCUCCAGCACCAGACCCAGCACAACCUCUGCCCCUACAACCAGCUCCACCUCCAAGUCAGGAACCAGCACCUCCUCUACGGAGACAGGAAGUUCAACCUCAGUGAGACACACCAGCACAACCUCUUCUCCUACAACCACCACCUCUGCCCAUACAACAACCACAGCCUCUGCUCCUACAACCACAGCCUCUGUUCCAUCAAGCAGCUCCACCUCCACAUCAAGAACCAGGACAACCUCUAAGGAGACAGGAAGUUCAACCUCCAUGACACACACGGGCACAACCCCUGCUCCUACAACCUCGGCUACUACAACCCAUCCCACAUCAACCUCAAGAACCAGCACCUCCUCUACAGAGACAGGAAGUCCAAAAUCUGUGACCCACAUGGGCACAAACUCAACACCUGUUCCCAUCACCGGCACAACCUCUGUUCCCAUAACCGGCACAAGCCAUCCCGGUACACAGGAGAUGACUCCCUCCCAGCCCAUCACCUCCGACUGCCAGCCAAGGUGCAGAUGGACCAAGUGGUUCGACGUGGACUUCCCAGCCCCGGGGGUCCACGGAGGGGACAAGGAGACCUACGACAACAUCCUCAGGCAUGGGGAGAGGAUCUGCCGCCGGCCCGAGGAGAUCACGCGGCUGCAGUGCCGAGCUGAGAACCACCCCGACGUGAGCAUCGAGCGGCUGGGCCAGGUGGUGCAGUGCGACCCCGACGUGGGCCUGGUCUGCCAUAACCGCGACCAGGAGGGAGCUGGAGGGAUGUGCCUCAACUACGAGGUGCGCGUGCUGUGCUGCGAGACCCCCAGAGGCUGCCCUACUCCCUCCGCGCUCACAGUUCCCAGCACCCCAUGGGAGACUGUCACCAGCCCUACACACACCACCUCCUCCAUGGGGACAGGAAGCAGCACCUCCAGCACCAGACCCAGCACACCCUCAGCCCCUACAACCAGCUCCACCUCCAAACACACCAGCACAACCUCUUCUCCUACAACCACCACCUCUUCUCCUACAACCACCACCUCUGCCCAUACAACAACCACAGCCUCUGCUCCUACAACCACAGCCUCUGUUCCAUCAAGCAGCUCCACCUCCACAUCAAGAACCAGGACAACCUCUAAGGAGACAGGAAGUUCAACCUCCAUGACACACACGGGCACAACCCCUGCUCCUACAACCACAACCUCAGCUACUACAACCCAUCCCACAUCAACCUCAAGAACCAGCACCUCCUCUACAGAGACAGGAAGUCCAAAAUCUGUGACCCACAUGGGCACAAAGUCUACUUCUACAACCAGCUCCACCUCCACUUCAAGAACCAGGACAACCUCUAAGGAGACAGGAAGUUCAACCUCCAUGACACACACGGGCACAACCCCUGCUCCUACAACCACAACCUCGGCUACUACAACCCAUCCCACAUCAACCUCGAGAACCAGCACCUCCUCGACGGAGACAGCACGUUCAACUUCCAUGUCACACACAAGAACAAGGACAUCCUCUUCUCCAACUACGAGCUCAACACCUGUUCCCAUCACCGGCACAACCUCUGUUCCCAUAACCGGCACAAGCCAUCCCGGUACACAGGAGAUGACUCCCUCCCAGCCCACCACCUCCGACUGCCAGCCAAGGUGCAGAUGGACCAAGUGGUUCGACGUGGACUUCCCAGCCCCGGGGGUCCACGGAGGGGACAAGGAGACCUACGACAACAUCCUCAGGCAUGGGGAGAGGAUCUGCCGCCGGCCCGAGGAGAUCAUGCGGCUGCAGUGCCGAGCUGAGAACCACCCCGACGUGAGCAUAGAGCGGCUGGGCCAGGUGGUGCAGUGCGACCCCGACGUGGGCCUGGUCUGCCAUAACCGCGACCAGGAGGGAGCUGGCGGGAUGUGCCUCAACUACGAGGUGCGCGUGCUGUGCUGCGAGACCCCCAGAGGCUGCCCUACUCCCUCCGCGCUCACAGUUCCCAGCACCCCAUGGGAGACUGUCACCAGCCCUACGCACACCACCUCCUCCAUGGGGACAGGAAGCAGCACCUCCAGCACCAGACCCAGCACACCCUCAGCCCCUACAACCAGCUCCACCUCCAAGUCAGGAACCAGCACCUCCUCUACGGAGACAGGAAGUUCAACCUCAGUGAGACACACCAGCACAACCUCUUCUCCUACAACCACCACCUCUGCCCAUACAACAACCACAGCCUCUGCUCCUACAACCACAGCCUUUUCUACUUCUACAACCAGCUCCACCGCCACAUCAAGAACCAGGACAACCUCUAAGGAGACAGGAAGUUCAACCUCCAUGACACACACGGGCACAACCCCUGCUCCUACAACCUCGGCUACUACAACCCAUCCCACAUCAACCUCAAGAACCAGCACCUCCUCAACGGAGACAGCACGUUCAACUUCCAUGUCACACACAAGAACAAGGACAUCCUCUUCUCCAACUACGAGCUCAACACCUGUUCCCAUCACCGGCACAACCUCUGUUCCCAUAACCGGCACAAGCCAUCCCGGUACACAGGAGAUGACUCCCUCCCAGCCCAUCACCUCCGACUGCCAGCCAAGGUGCAGAUGGACCAAGUGGUUCGACGUGGACUUCCCAGCCCCGGGGGUCCACGGAGGGGACAAGGAGACCUACGACAACAUCCUCAGGCAUGGGGAGAGGAUCUGCCGCCGGCCCGAGGAGAUCACGCGGCUGCAGUGCCGAGCUGAGAACCACCCCGACGUGAGCAUCGAGCGGCUGGGCCAGGUGGUGCAGUGCGACCCCGACGUGGGCCUGGUCUGCCAUAACCGCGACCAGGAGGGAGCUGGAGGGAUGUGCCUCAACUACGAGGUGCGCGUGCUGUGCUGCGAGACCCCCAGAGGCUGCCCUACUCCCUCCGCGCUCACAGUUCCCAGCACCCCAUGGGAGACUGUCACCAGCCCUACGCACACCACCUCCUCCAUGGGGACAGGAAGCAGCACCUCCAGCACCAGACCCAGCACACCCUCAGCCCCUACAACCAGCUCCACCUCCAAGUCAGGAACCAGCACCUCCUCUACGGAGACAGGAAGUUCAACCUCAGUGAGACACACCAGCACAACCUCUUCUCCUACAACCACCACCUCUGCCCAUACAACAACCACAGCCUCUGCUCCUACAACCACAGCCUCUUCUACUUCUACAACCAGCUCCACCGCCACAUCAAGAACCAGGACAACCUCUAAGGAGACAGGAAGUUCAACCUCCAUGACACACACGGGCACAACCCCUGCUCCUACAACCACAACCUCGGCUACUACAACCCAUCCCACAUCAACCUCAAGAACCAGCACCUCCUCGAAGGAGACAGCACGUUCAACUUCCAUGUCACACACAAGAACAAGAACAUCCUCUUCUCCAACUACGAGCUCAACACCUGUUCCCAUCACCGGCACAACCUCUGUUCCCAUAACCGGCACAAGCCAUCCCGGUACACAGGAGAUGACUCCCUCCCAGCCCAUCACCUCCGACUGCCAGCCAAGGUGCAGAUGGACCAAGUGGUUCGACGUGGACUUCCCAGCCCCGGGGGUCCACGGAGGGGACAAGGAGACCUACGACAACAUCCUCAGGCAUGGGGAGAGGAUCUGCCGCCGGCCCGAGGAGAUCACGCGGCUGCAGUGCCGAGCUGAGAACCACCCCGACGUGAGCAUCGAGCGGCUGGGCCAGGUGGUGCAGUGCGACCCCGACGUGGGCCUGGUCUGCCAUAACCGCGACCAGGAGGGAGCUGGCGGGAUGUGCCUCAACUACGAGGUGCGCGUGCUGUGCUGCGAGACCCCCAGAGGCUGCCCUACUCCCUCCGCGCUCACAGUUCCCAGCACCCCAUGGGAGACUGUCACCAGCCCUACACACACCACCUCCUCCAUGGGGACAGGAAGCAGCACCUCCAGCACCAGACCCAGCACACCCUCAGCCCCUACAACCAGCUCCACCUCCAAGUCAGGAACCAGCACCUCCUCUACGGAGACAGGAAGUUCAACCUCAGUGAGACACACCAGCACAACCUCUUCUCCUACAACCACCACCUCUUCUCCUACAACCACCACCUCUGCCCAUACAACAACCACAGCCUCUGCUCCUACAACCACAGCCUCUGUUCCAUCAAGCAGCUCCACCUCCACAUCAAGAACCAGGACAACCUCUAAGGAGACAGGAAGUUCAACCUCCAUGACACACACGGGCACAACCCCUGCUCCUACAACCACAACCUCAGCUACUACAACCCAUCCCACAUCAACCUCAAGAACCAGCACCUCCUCUACAGAGACAGGAAGUCCAAAAUCUGUGACCCACAUGGGCACAAAGUCUACUUCUACAACCAGCUCCACCUCCACUUCAAGAACCAGGACAACCUCUAAGGAGACAGGAAGUUCAACCUCCAUGACACACACGGGCACAACCCCUGCUCCUACAACCACAACCUCGGCUACUACAACCCAUCCCACAUCAACCUCGAGAACCAGCACCUCCUCAACGGAGACAGCACGUUCAACUUCCAUGUCACACACAAGAACAAGGACAUCCUCUUCUCCAACUACGAGCUCAACACCUGUUCCCAUCACCGGCACAACCUCUGUUCCCAUAACCGGCACAAGCCAUCCCGGUACACAGGAGAUGACUCCCUCCCAGCCCACCACCUCCGACUGCCAGCCAAGGUGCAGAUGGACCAAGUGGUUCGACGUGGACUUCCCAGCCCCGGGGGUCCACGGAGGGGACAAGGAGACCUACGACAACAUCCUCAGGCAUGGGGAGAGGAUCUGCCGCCGGCCCGAGGAGAUCAUGCGGCUGCAGUGCCGAGCUGAGAACCACCCCGACGUGAGCAUCGAGCGGCUGGGCCAGGUGGUGCAGUGCGACCCCGACGUGGGCCUGGUCUGCCAUAACCGCGACCAGGAGGGAGCUGGCGGGAUGUGCCUCAACUACGAGGUGCGCGUGCUGUGCUGCGAGACCCCCAGAGGCUGCCCUACUCCCUCCGCGCUCACAGUUCCCAGCACCCCAUGGGAGACUGUCACCAGCCCUACGCACACCACCUCCUCCAUGGGGACAGGAAGCAGCACCUCCAGCACCAGACCCAGCACACCCUCAGCCCCUACAACCAGCUCCACCUCCAAGUCAGGAACCAGCACCUCCUCUACGGAGACAGGAAGUUCAACCUCAGUGAGACACACCAGCACAACCUCUUCUCCUACAACCACCACCUCUGCCCAUACAACAACCACAGCCUCUGCUCCUACAACCACAGCCUCUGUUCCAUCAAGCAGCUCCACCUCCACAUCAAGAACCAGGACAACCUCUAAGGAGACAGGAAGUUCAACCUCCAUGACACACACGGGCACAACCCCUGCUCCUACAACCUCGGCUACUACAACCCAUCCCACAUCAACCUCAAGAACCAGCACCUCCUCUACAGAGACAGGAAGUCCAAAAUCUGUGACCCACAUGGGCACAAAGUCUACUUCUACAACCAGCUCCACCGCCACAUCAAGAACCAGGACAACCUCUAAGGAGACAGGAAGUUCAACCUCCAUGACACACACGGGCACAACCCCUGCUCCUACAACCACAACCUCGGCUACUACAACCCAUCCCACAUCAACCUCAAGAACCAGCACCUCCUCGAAGGAGACAGCACGUUCAACUUCCAUGUCACACACAAGAACAAGAACAUCCUCUUCUCCAACUACGAGCUCAACACCUGUUCCCAUCACCGGCACAACCUCUGUUCCCAUAACCGGCACAAGCCAUCCCGGUACACAGGAGAUGACUCCCUCCCAGCCCAUCACCUCCGACUGCCAGCCAAGGUGCAGAUGGACCAAGUGGUUCGACGUGGACUUCCCAGCCCCGGGGGUCCACGGAGGGGACAAGGAGACCUACGACAACAUCCUCAGGCAUGGGGAGAGGAUCUGCCGCCGGCCCGAGGAGAUCACGCGGCUGCAGUGCCGAGCUGAGAACCACCCCGACGUGAGCAUCGAGCGGCUGGGCCAGGUGGUGCAGUGCGACCCCGACGUGGGCCUGGUCUGCCAUAACCGCGACCAGGAGGGAGCUGGAGGGAUGUGCCUCAACUACGAGGUGCGCGUGCUGUGCUGCGAGACCCCCAGAGGCUGCCCUACUCCCUCCGCGCUCACAGUUCCCAGCACCCCAUGGGAGACUGUCACCAGCCCUACGCACACCACCUCCUCCAUGGGGACAGGAAGCAGCACCUCCAGCACCAGACCCAGCACACCCUCAGCCCCUACAACCAGCUCCACCUCCAAGUCAGGAACCAGCACCUCCUCUACGGAGACAGGAAGUUCAACCUCAGUGAGACACACCAGCACAACCUCUUCUCCUACAACCACCACCUCUGCCCAUACAACAACCACAGCCUCUGCUCCUACAACCACAGCCUCUGUUCCAUCAAGCAGCUCCACCUCCACAUCAAGAACCAGGACAACCUCUAAGGAGACAGGAAGUUCAACCUCCAUGACACACACGGGCACAACCCCUGCUCCUACAACCUCGGCUACUACAACCCAUCCCACAUCAACCUCAAGAACCAGCACCUCCUCUACAGAGACAGGAAGUCCAAAAUCUGUGACCCACAUGGGCACAAAGUCUACUUCUACAACCAGCUCCACCGCCACAUCAAGAACCAGGACAACCUCUAAGGAGACAGGAAGUUCAACCUCCAUGACACACACGGGCACAACCCCUGCUCCUACAACCUCAGCUACUACAACCCAUCCCACAUCAACCUCAAGAACCAGCACCUCCUCGAAGGAGACAGCACGUUCAACUUCCAUGUCACACACAAGAACAAGAACAUCCUCUUCUCCAACUACGAGCUCAACACCUGUUCCCAUCACCGGCACAACCUCUGUUCCCAUAACCGGCACAAGCCAUCCCGGUACACAGGAGAUGACUCCCUCCCAGCCCAUCACCUCCGACUGCCAGCCACGGUGCAGCUGGACCAAGUGGUUCGACGUGGACUUCCCAGCCCCGGGGGUCCACGGAGGGGACAAGGAGACCUACGACAACAUCCUCAGGCAUGGGGAGAGGAUCUGCCGCCGGCCCGAGGAGAUCAUGCGGCUGCAGUGCCGAGCUGAGAACCACCCCGACGUGAGCAUCGAGCGGCUGGGCCAGGUGGUGCAGUGCGACCCCGACGUGGGCCUGGUCUGCCAUAACCGCGACCAGGAGGGAGCUGGCGGGAUGUGCCUCAACUACGAGGUGCGCGUGCUGUGCUGCGAGACCCCCAGUGGCUGCCCUUCGAUGCCUCCCCUGGUGACUUCAUCUCCGAUGACCUCGUCCACUGCUCCGUCCACCCUGUCACCGUCCACUGCCUUGGUGCACGGCUCCUCCACGCAGACUGCCAACACCUGCUUCUGCUUUGUGGCUGACAAGCUGUACCCGGCAGGCUCCAUCAUCUACUACCAGAGAGAUCUUGACGGGCACUGCUAUCACGCCACGUGCAACCAGGACUGCCACGUGGUCAGAGGUGUGGACAGCGACUGUCCCCCCACCACGCCGCCCGCAAUCCGGACCACGCCCCCAUCCACGUCCACUUCUGAGCCUGUCACUCCACCCGGGUGCUCAAACACGAUUCCUCCAAGAAAGAAAGGGGAAACCUGGCCCAUGCCCAACUGCUCCCAAGCCACCUGUGAGGGCCACGACACCAUCUCCGUGCACCCGCGCCAGUGCCCGAAGGUUUCGGAGCCCACCUGCGCCAAUGGCUACCCCCCACUGAAGGUGGCCGACCAGGACGGCUGUUGCCAUCACUACCAGUGCCAGUGUGUGUGCAGCGGCUGGGGCGACCCCCACUACAUCACCUUCGACGGCACCUACUACACCUUCCUGGACAACUGCACCUACGUGCUCAUGCAGCAGAUCGUCCCCGUGUUCGGCCACCUGCGCGUGCUCAUCGACAACUACUUCUGCGACGCUGAGGACGGGCUGUCCUGCCCGCAGUCCAUCAUCGUCGAGUACCGGCACGACCGUGUGGUGAUGACCCGCAAGCCGGUGGCCGGGGUGAUGACCAACCAGGUCAUUUUCAAUGGCGAGGUGGUCGGCCCCGGCUUCGAGAAAGACGGCAUCGUGGUCUCGCGCCUCGGCAUCAAGAUGUACGUGACCAUCCCCCAGCUCGGCGUGCAGGUCAUGUUCACAGGCCUGAUCUUUUCGGUGGAGGUGCCCUUCAACACGUUUGCCAACAACACCGAGGGCCAGUGCGGCACCUGCACCAAUGACAAGAAAGACGAGUGCCGCAUGCCCGGGGGGACGGUGGCUGCCUCCUGCUCGGCCAUGUCCCACCACUGGAAGGUGACCAACCCCGACCAGCCGUCCUGCCACGGGCCUUCAGUGAGACCCACGGACCCAGCCACCGUGCACCCCACAGACCCGGCCACAACGUGCCCACCGUCUGCGAUCUGCAAGUUGAUCCUCAGCGAGGUCUUCGAGCCUUGUCACUCCACCAUCCCGCCCAUGCCGUUCUACGAAGGCUGUGCCUUCGACCACUGCCACGUGAGCAGCCCGGAUGUGGUGUGCUCGGGCCUGGAGCUGUACGCCUCGCUCUGCGCGGCCUUUGACGUGUGCAUCGACUGGAGGGGCCUUACCAACGGCACCUGCCCCUUCACCUGCCCGCCCGACAAGGUGUACCUGCCCUGCGGCCCGUCCAACCCGCCCUACUGCCACGGAAACGACAGCGCCAACCUCCUGGCCCUCCCCGAGGCCGGCCCCAUCACCGAGGGCUGCUUCUGCCCCGAGAGCACGCUGCUCUUCAGCACCAGCGUCGAGGUCUGCGUGCCCAGCGGCUGUCCCAGGUGCAUGGGACCCUCGGGAGAGCCGGUGAUGCCGGGCGACACCAUCAGCUUCGAGUGCCAGGAGUGCACCUGCGAGAGCAGCUCCAUGACCCUGAGCUGCCGAACGAAGCCCUGCCCGCCGCCCCCCGCCUGCGAGCUGUCCGGCUUUGUGCAGAUGCCCCUGGCCCCCGCAGCUGGCGAGUGUUGUCCUCAGUACACCUGCGCCUGCAACGCCAGCUACUGCCCCAAACCUGUGGACUGUCCUGCGGGCACCCACCUGACCCUGCUGCAAGAGGAGGGGGCCUGCUGCCCCGUCCAGAAGUGCAGGUGGACGCAGUGCAACGUCAACGGGACCCUGUACGAGCCCGGCGCUGUGGUCUCCUCCACCCUGUGUGAGACGUGCAGGUGUGAGCUGCCCGACAGCCCCGAGGUGGACGUGUUCAAAGUUACCUGUGAGACCCAGAUCUGUCCCACCCACUGCCCCGUGGGCUCCGAGUACCAGGCACAGCGCGGGCAGUGCUGUGGGCGGUGCGUGCAGGUGGCCUGCGUCUCCAACUCCAGCAGCGGCUCCGCCCACCUCUACUCCCCCGGCGAGUCCUGGCCAGACCCCGAGAACCGCUGUGUGACCCACGAGUGUGAACGGCACCUGGACGGGCUGGUGGUGGUGACCACGAGGAAGGCCUGCCCCCCGCUCAGCUGCCCUCGCGACCAAGCCCAGCUGAGCGAGGACGGCUGCUGCGUCUUCUGCCCGCCACCUCCCUCCCAGAACACGUCCACGUGCGCGGUGCACCACAGGCUCCAGGUCAUCCGGGAAGAGGGCUGCAGCUCCGCCGAGCCCGUGCGCCUGGCCUACUGCCGGGGCAACUGCGGGGACACCGGUUCCAUGUACUCCCUGUCGGCCAACACGGUGGAGCACAGGUGCAGCUGCUGCCAGGAGCUGCGAACCUCGCAGAGGAAGCUGAGCCUACGCUGUGCCGACGGCUCCCGCCGGGACUUCAGCUACACCCAGGUGGAGGAGUGUGGCUGCCGGGGCCAGCGGUGCCCCGCGCCUGCCGACGCCGGCCACCCGGGCCCAUCGCAGUCGCCACAGUGGUCCCCCAGGCCUGCCCAUUAA